GGGGGAACUCCGUCCGAAGGCGGCGGUUUCUCCUCUGUCUUUACGGUAAAUUUAAAGGAGGUGAAUUUAACUGUAGCUCCUGAUACCGGACCGAAAACUGUGGGCUGGCAUGUCGGGCAGCGCUAGGAAUCAGAACUAGCGUGCUAGCCAGCUAGCCGGGUGAAGGAGUAAGUCGGCCAGAGAGGAGGGGGGCGCCAUUUUGUCCCAGCAGUGCGUGAGAGAGGCUGGGAAAGGGAGACGCCGCUGGCUGAGAAAUACGGCCUGAGGCCCGGCUCCACUUCGGGAAGGCGCAUCAGUCAGAGGGACCCCGGCACCGCCUGGCCAUCAGGGCGGCCAGGCUGAUCGUAACGCGCAGCGUCGGCCUAUUUGUACACGCCAGCUCGGCGGCUUCGCCUGCUCCCCAAACCGGCUCCUUGUGGCUUCGCGACCGGAGGCUCCAUGGCGAAGAAAACGUACGACCUGCUGUUCAAGCUGCUGCUGAUCGGAGACUCGGGCGUGGGCAAGACCUGCGUGCUGUUCCGUUUCUCCGACGACGCCUUCAACACCACCUUCAUAUCCACCAUAGGAAUUGAUUUCAAGAUAAAAACUGUUGAACUACAAGGAAAGAAGAUCAAACUGCAGAUUUGGGAUACUGCAGGACAGGAGCGGUUCCACACCAUCACCACAUCCUACUACCGGGGUGCCAUGGGAAUCAUGCUCGUGUAUGACAUCACCAAUGCCAAGAGCUUUGAGAACAUCAGCAAGUGGCUCCGGAACAUUGACGAGCAUGCAAAUGAAGACGUAGAGAGGAUGCUGCUAGGCAACAAGUGUGACAUGGAGGACAAGCGGGUGGUGGCCAAGACAAAGGGAGAGCAGAUCGCUACAGAACAUGGCAUUAGGUUUUUUGAAACGAGCGCCAAGGCUAACAUCAACAUCGAGAAGGCAUUCCUCACGUUAGCAGAAGACAUACUUAGAAAGACGCCUGUCAAAGAGCCCAACAGUGAAAACGUAGAUAUCAGCAGUGGGAGUGGGGUCACAGGAUGGAAGAGCAGAUGCUGCAGUUGAAUGUCCUCUCUUCCCCCCCCCUUCACCCCCACUCUCUUGAACCACUGCAUCUGUCUAAAUCUAACACCUUGGCAUUUCUCUUUCUGACCCUUAGACCGUCUUUCUCUUCUGUUCAUGACUGCUUGUUGCUGACAAUAUAACUUUUAUUUCAAAAAUGUAUAAAGAAAUCAUGUCCAGUUUGUCACUUAUUUUAAAGGUUUCAAGUCACUCCCCACUACAUUAUUGUUUUCUUUAUUUUUAUAUUAGUCUGUACUCAACCUCAAGGAAGCCAUCAGGAUAAAACAAGAAAACAAAUGUAGAAUUUAACUUUUGUACGAUAGUGGGUUUUUGUUUAUACGUAUUAACUUCUUGGUCAUGAACUUACAUACACAGGCGAGGAAGCGAUGAGAAGAAUGUCUGUAGAUCUUGCUUGACCUUUGAUGGGUGGGAUGUAUUUUGUCCUGUGCCUUAAAUGGAGUACAGCAAAUCACCUGUAGAGGGAGCCUCUUGCAUCACACACCUAUAGUUAGUAUCAUAACUGUUGCUUUCUCCUCCAUGAACCUGUCAAUGUGGGAAAGUUGUAAGGAAGGGAUGCAGAAAGGUUCGAGUUUCUUUUACUGGGUCUGUACAGACCGCCUCCCACACUUUUUAACCAGUGGCUAUAUUUCUUACGAUUUUUGCAUUUUUUUCCCCUUUUUUGUUCUUGAGGGUAUUUUGCAUGGAAGUGUUUUAUUUCAAAUUGCUUGAUGUGUGACUCAAUAGUAUUAAAAAGUCUUAGACCCAGGUGGAAACCAAAUAUGAUGCCCAGAGCUGUUCAGCAUGAUCUCUUACAGACAUGGAUUUCCACGUCGUUUCCUUCAAGUCUGAUGGGUAACAAAGUUAAGGAAGCAACGCGGAUCCAACAGACAUCUUACAGUGUUGAGGGAAAAUUCUAGUAGAAGGAUUCUUUGUGUUUGGUUCUGUGCUGGGUGCUGGUUCAAUUUAUUCCUGUUAAAUCCCUAAAAGGGCUUUAAGCCCAAGCUUGGAAGUUGAAACUACUCACUCAUCUGUGCAUUGCAUUUUGGGCCUGUUGCCCUAAUGAAAGGGCUGAAGUGAUCUCAGCUUUUGUGAGCACUGCAGAGCGACUUUGGCUCUGUAACAGGUUUUCUUUAGUGUGAGAUUCCUGUUCCUUGCACGGCACGCAGCUCCGGUCCGGUCCCUCCUUCCCUGCCUUCCGUGGGCAUAGGGGCAUACAAGUGUCACGUGACGGUGUCUGCUGAGGGAGCAGCAACCUGCAGGAGUUUGCUAGUCCGUUUUGAUUUUAUUUCUGAGAAGAGUAAAUAAAAAAAAAAAAAAAACAGUAUUUGUCUUAGUGUUGCUGUUUGCGUUCGAGUCUAAGGGACUAUUCACCUGCCCGUUAUUCAGGUUACAAGUCAGACCUUAAAUGUUUUAUUUAUUUGUUAAUCAAACCUUGACAAAGCCUUAAAGAAUCUCUGUUUAAAUGUCUGAUGUAUGCUAAGUUUGCUUUCAUUUGUUAGGCUCCUCCAUGUGGGUGAAAUUAUUAGGGGUAACUUAAACUGGGUGAGUACAGAGAAUUGUGCAAAUACAGGGAUGUUAUGGAUGGAUAAAAGCGAACCCACAACGCUUAUGAGUCUCUUCCAUAGAAGUAUGGAAAACUGGUGAGAAAAUAGUGAUCUUAGCCACUUAUCCAGUACAGGGUAUGGAAAAUGGAUAGUUAAAGGGACAUUUUGCUUUCGUGAUACCCGUAUGCACAAUGAAAAUGGGAGAAAUCGAGGGAUCGUGAUUGACGUGCCUUUGAAAGAAGGUGGUGGGAUCAGCAUGGCAGGUCUGUUCUACCCAAGUUCUCCCAAGACGUCACCGGCAACCGACGUCCGUGUCGUACAACUUUAACUGAAAUAUAGUCACGUAAAACUAGGCAAAUUUCCAGAUGCUCUUUUAGAUCAAUCUAUCCCCUUAACCCCCCUUGUUUCAUGUUCAUAGUAUUCUGCUCAUUUUUUGCUGUAUUUUACUAAAAUACCAGAAGAGUGAAUUUGACUUUGACAUGUGGUGUUAACAUUGCUUCCAUAUUUCUGACUUCAAUAAAAACUCACUUUGUACAGUAA